GGGUGCGUUUAUUUUUUGAUGAAUUAAAAGGGUGUUAAAAGAUAAGGAGGCACUAAGACCCAGAGGACAGCAUCCUCUCUCAAACUAGAAGAGCAUGGUUAUCAAAGCAGCAACUUUUGCAUCACAGCCCUAUAAAAAGCAAGAACCCUGCGACCGCCUAUCAGUGAAACGUAUGAAAAAUUGCCGCUGCUUGCGGGCAAAGUAUCUACCUUUUAAAGGUGACUCGUUUGUGGACGUGAAGCAAGAGGAGCACUGGAGAAGGAUGCAGGGAUGUUCUUACACAACUUCUGGGAUGCUUUAUUAUAUUGUGCAAUUGUGCAACUGGCAUGCCCGCGGCUGAUUUUUAUUUUUCUUAGAGACCGAAGUUUGAGAAUUAGAAUGAAGCAGAAAGAUAUAUUUGCAUGUCACAGAACGAAAACAUCCAUGAGCGUUUGUCUGCACCUGAUGCUGGAGCUGACGGGAAUCAUGAAGCGCAGAAAAUACUGCUUUAUUUUCAAAAUAUGAAAACAUAUGUCUGCUGGGAUGGAGCGCAGCGGUCAUUUCAAACCAACACCUGGCCAUUUCGAGGUUUUGAACGCCUCGACCGGCACCAAUGUGACUUUAACGUUUAAAACGGACGAAAAACGAGAAAGUUUCGCGUUCCAAGUCACCUUAGCGUCAGUUCUCGGUCUCAUCACUCUUGCGACUAUAUUAAGCAAUGCGUUUGUCAUCGCCACCAUCUCCCAGUCCAGAAAGCUCCAGACACCGGCGAACUUCUUGAUCGCGUCCCUGGCCGUCACGGACCUUCUGGUGUCGGUGCUCGUGAUGCCCAUUUGCGUGCUUUACACGGUUACGCACGUGUGGUCGCUCGGGCAGGUUAUCUGCGACAUCUGGCUGUCCUCAGAUAUCACCUGUUGCACUGCGUCCAUUCUUCACCUCUGCGUAAUCGCCUUGGAUCGAUACUGGGCUAUAACGGACGCGGUCGAGUAUGCCAAGAAACGCACCCAAGCGCGCGCCGCGGCCAUGGUGGCGACCGCCUGGAUCAUCGCCAUCUCCAUCUCCCUGCCGCCUUUCUUCUGGCGGCAGGUGAAGGCAGGGGAGCUCACCACCUGCUCGGUCAACACGGACCACAUCUUCUACACCAUCUACUCCACUUUUGGGGCUUUCUACAUCCCUACGCUGCUGCUCAUCGCCCUGUACGGGCGGAUUUACGUGGAGGCGAGAAAGCGCAUUUUGAAGCAGUCGCCCAAAAAAGCGGGGAAAAGACUCACUUCGGCACAUCUGAGCACUAAUUCUCCCGCUUCGGUGGCUUCGACUUCUCCUUUGCAUUGUGGAAGGCAAGAGCUGUGCUCGGACAGCGGGUCUCUGGGCAGUGACAAUCAAAUUAGAGUAACUGUGUCCGAUUCACUUCUGGAGAAAAAGAGAAUCUCGGCCGCGCGCGAGAGGAAAGCCACCAAAACCCUGGGCGUUAUUUUAGGAGCCUAUAUUGUGUGCUGGUUGCCGUUUUUCAUUUACACACUGCUGGUUCCCCUCUGUCCAUCCUGCUUUUACGCAGAACUCUUUGACUUUUUCAAUUGGCUUGGCUAUGUCAACUCACUGAUCAAUCCAAUAAUAUACACCAUGUCGAAUGAUGACUUUAAAAAAGCUUUUCACAAACUCAUAAGCUUUAGAUGUUGCAGACGACCGUAAAAUAGAUAAAUAAGUAUAAUAAUGUCAGUCAGUCGGUCAUUAUCGCAAGUGACAUCUCUGCGCUGUUGAAUGCUUGAUUCUGAUUGGUUGACAGACAUUAUAAGGUGUUGAUUGUUGUUCUGCAUCUGUAGUGAUUUGAAGCGUUCCAGUUCAUUACAGUCCCAUAUCAUUAUUUAAUAUUUUUUUUCUUUUUUUUUGUUAAUUAAAAAAUAAAAGCAGACAAAUACACGGCCAAAAAAAAAAAAAAAAAAAGACAGACAGCAGGAUAAAAAUGACAAAUUAUUUCGAUUUUGUCUAAACUAAUUAAUCUAAUAGCCUCGCUGUUUGUAAUUAUGUUGCUGCUGUCUAUGAACACUGCAGAGAGCCGCAGCAGACGCAGGUUAUCACACGCGCGCUCCCUCCGUCUAGCUUUCUCUGUCACAAACACAACCUUGGUUACUCCAAAAACUGCUUAGAAACAGCCCAAACCUUGGUUACUAGUUCAAAAAGUGACACUUUCGAAUUAAUAAGGCAAGGAAAAAAGAGUGUUUGAAAGAGUCUGAGGUAAACGCAUUAAAAACUAACAUGGUAGCCAUUGUGUAAGCUAAAUGAUUAACUUCAGAUCACGUCGUGGCGUAGCCUAUAUUGUGAAAAACUGACAUGUGACUGCAUAUUAUUCAACUUAUUUAACGGUUACUUUACCAGGGACGGGUUGGUAAUACUGGUUUCCUUAAAAAUCGUACUUUUUCCUAGGAUUCACAUCAUACGAAUUCAUAGGAAAUUGCCAUCUUGAUCCUAAGUACUGAUAAUGACUGUCUGACUGCAUAUUAUAUCAAUACUUUAAAAAGAAGUGAAUGAUUGAAUACAUAAAUAAACAAGUAAAAGAACAUGAAAUGAUUACUGAGCUGAUAUUCUAUUAGUUUACCUGUAGAUACAACAAAGACCAAACAUGAGCACAGAUGCACAGGAAACAGGGUUCGAGUGGUCAAUCAGACUGAAAAAUCAGAAUCAAAACUCCCAGACAGCUAUGUAAAAAAUGUUGUUAUAUGGACCUCGGUUGACAUAGUAUACUAAGGCUUCUCUUUCAAAACUGAGCAGAAUGUACUACAAUGACUUUGGAAUUCAUAAUAGUGCUUGUGGUCAACCAGGCGCUAAUUAAUAACACAAAAUUGCGUAAAAAGCUUCAUUGUCUUUAUAAAAUGUGCAAUUCAAUUGCUCUUAUGUGAUCACUGCCUAUGGCUGCUGACUGAUCCUAAACUUAAUAAAUAAGUUGGGUAAUCCAUUUGCUUGUGCUCACAUCCAAUACGUCUUUCGUCUUGUGUUACAGUUGAUUAAACGGUGUGAAUAUGUGUUUUUUUACAGCAGUGCAUGCUUACCUUAUACUUAAAUAAUGAAAACAGGCCUACUGAUGAUAAAGUAUUGUACUGAAAUCUAUUAUUGGUGUGGCUCUCCUUGUCCAAGCUUUCAAAAUGUGGGUGUUUUGGUGAGAAGUCCUUGUAUGCUAUGGGAAUUUAUACUGAGGUCAAGUACUCAGUAUAGAAGCAUCAGCAGUACAGCAAGAGUUCAAGUGCCGCAGAUAGAGUUAAACUGACCGACCAGACGUCCUCAAGAUUUAGAUGUGAAUUGAGACCAACUUCUAACCCAUUCUGCUCUAUACACUCAUACAGUAAGUCAUAUUAUCUGUCACUCAGCAGUAUGAGAGAUCACGGAGUAACUGAGAGUGACACGUCUACUGCAGGAGGUGAGUAAUAUGUCAAAUACGCACCAGAAAAGGGCUGAGGGGGAGAUAUCGACCUGUCAAGCCCAUAUGGAGGUGACAGGGAAAGAACACUGCAAAGCCGCAGCAUUUUGCCAAAAGGCACAUUUGAUAUUUCCCACAAUUCUGCUUUACCACAAUGAGCCUGUGUUUCCUUCAACCCUGUCUUUCUAUGUGUAGUCAUGGUGGAUAUUGAUUUAGUUAUCAUGCUGCAAAACCUCCUACAGCAGCCAGUGAAAUUGGGGACAUUUUUAAGCAGGGGACCAAUGGACUAGAAACUGACAUGAAAAUCAUCAUGAAAAUGAAAAUCACGCUGAUAUUUUCACUGGUUUUUGGAGUGCAGACACAUUUAAUGCCUACAAAUUUGAUGUGAAGUGAGUUUUAAAGACCUAAUUUUAUACCAUUACAGCUUGAAUGCUUAACACCAUGCAAGCACCCGCAAUAAGUGUAAGCUGUCCUGUCAGAACCGCUUAACAGUGAAUCACAAAUUAGCUCUUAGAAAGCAACAGUGGUGGAAAAGCAAGCAACAUGGUGGCAUAAAUGUAUUUUUUUCUAACCAUAUUAGUCUUUUUGGAGUAUGCUGAUUAACGUCUUUUAUCAUGAGUAGUUUUAGUAUAAAAUGAUUUGGACAGGCUUGGAGGAGCUGUUAAUUAUUUGUUUGUUGGUUUAAUUAAUUUGAAUUUAAUCUCAUGUCUCUGCCAUUUAUCUUUUCUUCUGAACCCAUUAAAAGUAGUAGAUUUAAUACCAUGCAAAAUAAAUCUUGCAUUUCUCUCAUAAGCCGUUGUUGUUAUUAAAUGUUUUUCUUUUAUUGUUUUUUGAUUUAAUAUAAUUCAAAUUGAAUUAUUUGGUUAUAGCACAUGAAUCAUCUUAAAUAAA